CAAGCGAGCGAGGAGAGCGCGGCGGAGAGGCUGCAGCCGGCGGCGGGAAGGAGGGCCCCGAGCGCGCCCAGCGGCUGCCGGCCCCCGCGGCUCGCAGCCUCGCCCCCUCAGUCUGCGGGAGCCCGCCCGCCCGGGGGUGGGGGCUCCGGGCGGCGCCCGUCCCACCUUCGCUGCCCCGGGCGCGCCGGCGCGCGGCGACGGGCACCGUGGGAACCCCGGCCCGCUCCCGCCGCGGCUCCAUGCGGCCCCGGCCCCUGCGCGAGUGAAGCCGCGGCUCCGCGGAGCUCGCUCCUGGCGCGGCAGCACGAGCCAGCGAGUCGCGCCGCCCCGCGCCCCCGCCCUCCGGCGCCCGGGCCGUGGCCGGAGAUGCCCGGUGAGGACCGGGGCGCCGAAGGCUGGGCUCCCCGGAGCGGUGCGGAGCGAGGCAGUGGCCUGGAUGAGUGAAGCGUCCCCAUGGCUCGGCAGGAGGCGAAGCCCCAGGGCCUGGGGGAAGAUGGGCCGGAGGUGCGGAGGCGCAGGGGCCGGAUCCGGGCGUGCGGGCUCGGCCGGGCUGGCGGGGGAGCCGCGCGCUGCCCGGGCGUGAGGGGCCCCCGGGCUGCCGGGUCCCAGGAUGCGCCGCCGCUGCCGCCGCCGCUGCUGCUGCUGGGACUCCUGCUGCUGGCGGCCCUCCCGGAGCACUGCCUGGCCGACUCGGUGGCCUCCUCGGUGUCGCCCAAGGCACAACCAACGGCAGCAACCAUGUUGUUUCUUCGGAAAUCAAGUCCACUGGUGCUGUCUGCAGCCCUGGUUGCUAAGGGCACCGGUAGCAGCCCUUCGGCCGUGGCCUCGGGAUUAGUCAAGAGCAGCUGGACCACUGCUGUAGCUAAAAACGUCACAAGCAACGCAGCAUCUGGCCCAAAGGCGACACCAGGGGCAGCCCAUCCAGCCUUCUCGUUCACGCCGACCUACAUGUUUGCAAGAACAGCACACACCAUGAGCACUCCCACGGCCAUGCAAGGGAACACGGGCACUGCCUCUGGCCUGUUGUCCACAACACACCUCCCCAGGAAACCACAAGCCAUGUACACGGGCUUCCUGAACCCCACCAACCCAGCCAUGCCCAGGGUGUCCACCGCACGCCCGCUGACAAUCACGGCAGCCUUGACGUCCAUCACUGCACCAAUAAGGGCCACCCGGAUGCCGCCUUUGUCAGCAGAAAACACAGACGCUGCUCUUCCCGCUGUGUCCACGGCCAUGGUCACAACUGGCAAAAUGGCAUCCAACCUGGAGUGUCAGAUGUCCAGUAAGCUCCUGGUGAAGACAGUUCUCUUUCUGACCCAAAGGAGGGUGCAGAUCAGUGAAACCUUGAAGCUUAAUGUAGCCAGAGGGCUCACACAGGCAUUGCGGAAGGCAUUCCACCAGAAUGACGUCUUGGCUCAUGUGGACAUUCUGGAACAUUCUCACAACGUCACUGUUGGUUAUUAUGCUACCAAAGGGAGGCUGGUCUACUUGCCUGCUGCAGUGAUUGAAACGCUGGGCGUUUAUGGAAUCAGCAAUGUCACUGCAGAUCUGAAGCAACACACCCCAACCUUGCAGUCUGUGGCAGUACUUGCGUCCCCGUGGACUCCCCAGCCUUCAGGCUACUUGCAGCUGAAAACAGUGCUACAGUUUGUGAGCCAGUCCGACAACAUACAGUCCUGCAAGUUUGCUCAGACGAUGGAACAGAGACUACAGAGGGCCUUCCAGGAUGCCGAGAGGAAAGUUCUGAAUACUAAAAGCAACCUGACGAUUCAGAUGGUGAGCACGUCCAACGCCUCCCAGACAGUCACCUUGGUGUACGUGGUGGGCAAUCGAAGCUCCUUCCUCAACGGCACUGUGGCCAGCAGCCUCCUCCGCCAGCUCUCCGCUGAGCUGGUGGGGUUCUACCUCACCUACCCGCCGCUCACCAUCGCCGAACCGCUGGAAUACCCCAACCUUGAUAUAUCAGAAACAACCAGAGACUACUGGGUAAUUACAGUGCUGCAGGGCGUGGACAGUUCCCUGGUGGGCCUGCACAACCAAAGCUUCGCCCGGGUCAUGGAGCAGCGCCUGGCCCAGCUGUUCAUGAUGUCCCAGCAGCAAGGCCGGCGGUUUAAACGGGCCACCACCCUGGGAAGCUACACCGUGCAGAUGGUAAAGAUGCAGCGGGUGCCAGGACCCAAGGACCCCGCGGAGCUGACUUACUACACCCUGUACAAUGGGAAGCCUUUGCUGGGGACUGCAGCUGCCAAGAUCCUGAGCACCAUUGACUCCCAAAGGAUGGCCUUGACCCUGCAUCACGUUGUCCUUCUGCAAGCUGACCCCGUGGUGAAGAACCCGCCCAACAACCUGUGGAUCAUCGCCGCGGUGCUGGCGCCCAUUGCCGUGGUCACGGUCAUCAUUAUCAUCAUCACUGCCGUGCUCUGCCGGAAGAACAAGAACGACUUCAAGCCAGACACUGUGAUGAACCUGCCACAGAGAGCAAAGCCUGUGCAGGGCUUUGAUUAUGCCAAGCAGCACCUGGGCCAGCAAGGGGCGGACGAAGAGGUCAUCCCCGUGACUCAGGAAACGGUGGUCCUCCCACUGCCCGUUAGAGAUGCUCUUGCCUCUCAGGAAAGGGAAGCCCCUCAGGAUGGAAGCACUAUCAAGACGGCCAAAUCCAUCGAAACCAGAAAGAGGUCGCCCAGUGAGAAUGGCUCUGUCAUCAGCAACGAAUCAGGGAAGCCCAGCUCGGGGAGGCGCUCACCCCAGAAUGUAAUGGCACAGCAGAAAGUGACAAAGGAGGAGGCAUGGAAGAGAAAUGUGCCGGCGAGUGAUGAAGAGGAAGGAGCGGUCCUCUUUGACAGCUCUGGCAAGGCGGUUGCUGAUCCCUUUGACACGUCUUCUGGGUCUGUGCAGCUCAUCGGAAUAAAACCCACAGCCCUCCCCGUGGUGCACCCCACCUCGGACAGGAGCCAGGAGCCGGUCGUCCUCAACGGCGAGGUGAACAAAGCCCUGAAGCAGAAGUCAGACAUCGAGCACUAUCGGAACAAGCUGCGCCUCAAAGCCAAGAGGAAGGGAUACUACGACUUCCCUCCGGUGGAGGCGAGCAAGGCUCAGAUGGAAAGAAAGAAGAUGUAUGAAAAAGCCCCAAAGGACAUCGAGCACGUUUUGGAUCCAGACCCAGAAAUGUGUGCCCCAUUCACUGAGGCUAAAAACAGGCAACAGAUGAAGAACUCUGUCUACCGGAGUCGGCAAUCUCUGAACAGCCCGAGUCCGGGGGAAACGGAGAUGGACCUUCUGGUGACUCGGGAGCGACCUCGGCGUGGAAUCCGUAACAGCGGAUACGAUACUGAGCCUGAAAUCAUAGAGGAAACCAAUAUCGACAGAGUGAAUGAGCCCCGGGGCUACGCCCGGUCGAGGCAGGUGAAAGGCCACUCGGAGACCUCCACACUGAGCUCGCAGCCCUCCAUCGACGAGGUCCGGCAACAGAUGCACAUGCUGCUGGAGGAGGCCUUCAGCCUGGCAUCCGCAGGACACGCAGGCCAGAGCCGGCACCCAGAGGCCUAUGGCUCCGCCCAGCACCUGCCCUACUCCGAGGUGGUGACCAGCGCUCCUGGGACCAUGACGCGGCCCCGGGCUGGAGUGCAGUGGGUGCCGACCUACCGCCCAGAAAUGUACCAGUACAGUCUGCCCCGGCCGGCCUACAGGUUUUCCCAGCUUCCUGAAAUGGUCAUGGGCUCUCCCCCUCCACCUGUGCCUCCGCGGACUGGCCCAGUGGCUGUCGCUUCUCUCAGGCGGUCCACCUCGGAUGUUGGGAGCAAGACCAGGAUGGCCGAGUCCGCGGGGCCUGAGCCCGCCCAGCUGCACGACAGCGCCUCCUUCGCGCAGGUGUCCCGAGGCCCUGUGUCUGUGACGCAGUUGGAUCAGUCGGCUUUAAAUUACUCAGGUAAUACGGUGCCGGCAGUGUUCGCCAUCCCAGCUGCCAACAGACCCGGCUUCACCGGCUACUUCAUCCCGACGCCUCCCUCGUCCUACAGGAGCCAGGCCUGGAUGUCUUACGCAGGAGAGAAUGAGCUCCCAAGCCAGUGGGCUGAUUCGGUCCCCCUCCCGGGGUACAUCGAGGCUUACCCCCGGUCCCGGUAUCAGCAGAACUCGCCCUCCAGGCUCCCUCGCCAGUACAGCCAGCCAGCUGGGCUGCACCCCAGCUUGGAGCAGGCCCCGGUGCCCUCCGCAGCAGCCUCACAGCAGAGCCUGGCGGAGAACGACCCGUCCGACACGCCCCUGACCAACAUCUCCACAGCGGCCCUGGUGAAGGCCAUCCGGGAAGAGGUGGCCAAACUGGCCAAGAAGCAGACGGACAUGUUUGAGUUCCAGGUCUAAUGCCUUUGCCCACUUCCAGACUCUGAGGAAACAGUCUUUGGGUUUCUCCAGCCUGACUUGAUGGGUCUGGAGGCACAGACAAUGUGGGAGUCUUUCUCACCCUCAGUUUCUAAAAAAGGUGAACAGCGGGGCUUCUGGGGAACAGGAAACUCUUGAACAACUGGAUGCUUGGCUUAUUCAACUGAUUGUAUGUCAACAAGUCCCCAUGUGGGACCAUAUGUUUGAUACUCUGUUACAUUAACUGUUUGAACUGCGGGUGUAUUUCCCUACGGAGCCUUAGUCACGAGAGAUGCUCGCUAAUCUGCAGAUUCCUGUCCAAUGCCAUAUUUUAAUAAAUCACCAGAAUGGGGAGAGCAUAGCUCUAUCUUCGGUGACCUCUGCAUGUUAACUCUAUUUCUGUGUUAAAGGCAAUGCAGGCGUGUGAUGAAGUCCCAGACUGUACUCUCUCUCAUUCAACCAUGACUGUAAUCGUUGCAAUCACCUCCCGUCUCCAAGGGAGACACUGACUCCAGCCAAGAAAGCUGAGUCCUUUCCUUUUAAAGGUUCAUAUUCAAAGUCAAAUAAAUUGGACGAAAAUCAGUACUGUCAAUGACUGCACCUAUGAAUAGUCCUGACUCUUUUCCCUCUGCAAUUAAUUCAACCAAGGCCAAGAAAGAGAGAAGAUGAGAGGGAAUGGUGGAUUUGUGUUGACAGGUUUUUGAAAAGGUGUUGUCAUUUUGGAAAUAGAGUAUUCUGCAAGUUGGGCUCUGGCUGGAAGAGAAUCGGUGCUAAGAGCUUUUAAGGUCCUACAAAAGAAAAACAGGUUUUCUUUGCCCUGCAAUGAAGGUGGCCUGAGAACGAAGCUUCUCUCUUUUGGGGGACGAUAGAUACAUCGACUUUUACAAGGAAACCUCUGUCUCUUCAGCAAUGAUGUCCAGCAUGUGCUGCCCAGUGAUACAAAAGGAAAUAGUCAUUGAUGCCUGUUAGAAGCAGGAACAGUGGACCCAGUCUCCCCAGGCUGCAGCCUCUGUUUAUAGAAGCUUCUGAACGCAGAAAAUCUGUUGAUUUACAUUUAAAUGUAAAUAACCUUUUUAAAGGUGUAUGGAGUUAGCCAGUCCCCUCCCGCACUCCUUCCCAUAGUUAGUUAAUAGACAUAGGAGGACAUUUGCCAAAGUGGCAGGCUUCUGACCUCAUGACCAUGAUGUUGCAAAUCAGCCUCCCUGGCAUGGCAGGUGAGCCUCCAGAGCUCUGGGUGGACAAUGCCUCACAGCCCUAAGGCACCAGCUGCUGACUGUCAGUGCAAGAGCAAAACAGCUACUGACUUCAGGUAGCCCAGGGGAGGGGACACCCUGGUCCCCUCACCAACUUUGGGAGCUAUGCUCAAUGUCGGGGGCUUACUCGGUGUCUGUUGGAGAGUGAGGUCCUGUCCUGCCUUCUUACCCAUGAUCCAUCUAGCUUCAGCUUGUAUCCAUCCCCUCUGAGUCCAUCUUUCCAUUCUCCUCAUGAGUUUCUUUGGUCUUUAUUGAGAGAAGAAGGUGGAAAUUUUAAAAUUGAGAGAAGAGUAGGAGUGGAAUUGAUUAGAGUGGGAGAGUCAAACUGUCAAAGCACAGACUUUUCAAAGAAGCUGUUUUUAUUUCCCAAUGGCAAAUUGCCCUUUCUGGAAUGUUCUGGAGAUGAUGUAUCAUGGAAUCCCCAAACGAGUCUCUUGUUCUGAUGAUAUUAGGUAGUGUCCUUUUGGUAUGCUGGUUGAUCUUUCAUAGUGUUAGUUUUUUGUUACUUAAAAAAAAUCAGCUAUAAAUAAAAUGUAUUUUUGUAAUUUCCAUGUGUAUAUAUGGUAUAUUUCUACCAAUGGCCGCUUGUUGUAGUCCAAAACCUAAAUCAGUUUGCAAAACACUGUGGACAGUGCAAGAUUUUACUGACAGAUUAACACAAUGCCUAAGUCUAUCCAAAUAGGUAUUCUGUGCACUUGAAUGAACAAAGAGCCAAAGAAACUCAGCCUUUUCAUGCAAAUGGUAUGAGUCUGAUAAAGUCAGCUACAUUGUCCCGCCUUAUCAAUGAUAUGAAUAUUUCAUCAGUGCAAUGAUAUCAACCCGGUACUUUGUCUACUUGGUAAAUGCCUGGAAAUACUGUAUGUGAAAAUGAAGUUCCAACACCUUAGUGUAAUUUAAGUAUAGGCACGUGCUUUCAAGACAGUGUCUGUGUUUUGGAUGUACCAGUGACUCGCAGAAGAGGAGCCCACAGUGUGCGGUGGUCUGGCUCCAGCUGGCUAAAAGGAUGCAGAAAAAUCAUGGUGAGCUGUGUAGAACCCCGUGAAAUACUGAGUCAGUCAAUGGAGAUGGCUAAAAAUACAGCAUGCUAAAUCAGACACUCUUUUAAACGAGAUACUGCAGGUUUAAGAGCAGUAUAUGGGAGGAAAACCUUAAGUUGAGAAGAAAUCAAAUCUGUUUGUGUUGUCCCACCAAUGCGAGAUGGCCGCCAUUGUUUGAUAUUCUGUGACUAAGAUGUGGUCCCUUUUCUGAAGAGUCUCCUGACCUCAUGGAGGUUAUGGAUACCUGGACAGCUGACUCUGAGAAAAGGCAGGUGGUCAAAAGUGCCCUGUGGAAGUCAACACAGAGUUCCAUGCAAACCCAGAGGCUCUGUGUUCCUCAUGACCCUCCAGACAGUUGAAGAAGCCACAGAAGACAUUGGUGACCUCAGAGAAGGAAGCUAAAGCCCGAAGAAGUGGAGUGACCUGCCCGAGGCCUCCAGCCCAAGCCCACUGACUCAUGAUCGGGCUUGCUUUCCAUUUCACCAUGCUGCCUGCACGCUUGCCUGCGACACGUUUCUUGAACUGUGCUAGGAAGUUCAAAAAGUAGACAAGGGUCAUAUGAGGGACUAUCUACAUUCUUGUGAAGAAAAAAGAUAAUUGAAUAUGUAAAGAACUUCAGAUAAAGUGUAUGAGGACAAUGCAUUUGUGGCAUAAUAAACUUUUUUUGGAACUAGUUUCAACGUGAGUUUUCUGCAUUCAUGAAAAGAAGGCAUUUUGGCUUUUUCCAGAGAGCACCAUCAAGGAAAUGGUGUUCUCUACUGCUGUUCAAGACUUCAGGGGUGUGUUCUUCUCUCAGCGCCAUGGGUCCAAACAGGCAGGUGGGGAGGCCACAGCAGCUUGUCACUGAGAGGUAGCCGAUUCUGCACUUUGCACUAGGGGAGGCUAUCCCGUGGUACAGGAACGUAAAAGUCUAUUGCGUGCCCUGGUACCUACCAGCCGAGAUGCAUUGGUACCUGCGGAAUAGGAACUUGCCUCUUUCAGGGUGUGCUAUGGACUGAAUGUGUCCUCCGCAAUUUCUAUGCUGAAAUCCUAACCCCCAAUGUGAUGGUAUUAGGAGGUGGGGCCUUGGGAGGUGCUUAGCUAGUGAGGGGAGCCCUCGUGAAUGGGAUUAAU